AUGUCAAUAGCGGAAGUUUCUAAAGCAUCAGAUCUCAUUGAUUUUCUAGUAAACCAAGGCAACGAAGUAAAGGGUCUUUCCCAAAUUGGUCUCAAGAACGUACCUGAAAAAUUCAUUCAACCCCAAGAAGAAAGACUAGAUUUUACCCAAAUAGUCUCCUCAGAGUCCAUACCCAUAAUUGAUCUCUCAAAUUGUGAUGACCCAAAAGUUGCAGAAUCAAUAUGUGAUGCAGCAGAGAAGUGGGGUUUCUUUCAGAUCAUAAAUCAUGGUAUUCCUGUUGAAGUUCUUGAGAAUGUGUUAGAAGCUGGACAUAAGUUCUUUGAGUUGCCUGUUGAGGAAAGAAGGAAGUAUUUGAAAGAGAAUUCACCUACUCACACUGUGCAGUUGAAGACCAGCUUUAGCCCUUUGGCUGAGAAGGUUUUGGAGUGGAAAGAUUACCUUUUUCAUAUCUAUGAUUCUGAGGAUGAGAGCAGCACUAUGUUGUGGCCUGCUGUUUCCAAGUAA